GUAUCCCGACGACGUCGGUGCGGUGAAAACAAACGUCACCCCCGAAGAAUGCGGCUUAGGGCGCAUGCGCGCUUUUAACCGGAAGUGUUUAAUCUUAGGCAGGUUCCAGGGCCCGAAAGCGUCGGGAAGGAUUUCUAUGGAAGAGAUGUCAGGAGAGAGUGCUGUGAGCUCGGCUGUGCCGGCUGCGACGACCCGGACCACCUCGUUCAAGGGGUCGAGUCCGAGCUCCAAGUACGUGAAGCUAAACGUGGGUGGAGCUCUUUACUACACCACCAUGCAGACCCUCACCAAGCAGGACACAAUGCUGAAGGCCAUGUUCAGCGGCCGCAUGGAGGUCCUCACUGACAGUGAAGGCUGGAUCCUGAUCGAUCGAUGCGGGAAACACUUUGGCACUGUGCUGAACUACCUGCGUGAUGGCGUGGUGCCUCUGCCCGAGAGCAGGAGAGAGACAGAGGAGCUGCUGGCUGAAGCCAAGUACUACCUUGUGCAGGGUUUAGUGGAUGAGUGUCAGGCUGCACUGCAGAAUAAAGAUGCCUAUGAGCCGUUCUGCAAAGUGCCCUUGGUAACAUCACCUAAGGAAGAGCAGAAACUCAUCGCCACCUCAAAUAAGCCCACCGUUAAACUGCUGUACAACAGAAGCAACAAUAAAUACUCCUACACCAGUAACUCUGAUGACAACAUGCUGAAGAACAUCGAGCUGUUCGAUAAGCUGUCUCUGCGCUUUAAUGGCCGAGUGCUCUUCAUUAAAGAUGUGAUCGGAGAUGAGAUCUGCUGCUGGUCAUUUUACGGGCAGGGCAGGAAGAUCGCAGAGGUGUGCUGCACCUCCAUUGUCUACGCUACUGAGAAGAAGCAGACAAAGGUCGAGUUCCCUGAAGCACGGAUUUACGAGGAGACACUGAAUAUCCUGCUAUACGAGUGUCAGGACGGCCGCGGGCCCGACAACGCGCUGCUGGAGGCGACAGGGGGUGCUGCAGGGCGCUCACACCACCUGGAUGAGGAUGAGGAGCGUGAACGUGUUGAUCGUGUGCGCAGGAUUCACAUCAAACGACCUGACGACCGCACACAUCAUCACCAGUGAACAAACUCUCAAUUGACCUCUGACCUGCAACCCCUGUGCCUUAAUCACCCAGUUCUUUCAAUCUUUCUUUCUCUCUUCUGUCCGCGAUCAUAUUGCUAAACAAUAAUUCACAUAGGAGAGAGAGAGAGAGACACACAACAAUCACUUAAUUGAGAGAAUUUACUUCUGCCCCUUACACAUAUAUACAAAAAUGUAUUUCUGAUUCUUGAUGGCAGGUUUGCAUGCUAUGAGCUUUUCUUUCUCUUCUAUCUUAGCAUACUGCUCAUCUUGAUGAAUGCUGCUCAUUUUUAACAGACACAGAGGAGCGUGUGUAGGAGUAGUGAGGAAGUUAAACCUUGAAGUGAGCAGCAUUCAGGAGUCUUAAACGCAGCACUGCGACACUCGGCAUUGUGUUGAAACUUUACUGUGGUCAAAGCUCUAAAAUGGACACUUCAUGUGUCUCACAUGUUAAUUGCCAAUAUAAUUACUAAACUUCUAAGCACUGGUCGUGCGUCUCUUUGAGGGAUUCGUUGGGUUUCUCACUACUGAUGAGCUUUAAGUACUGAGAAUGGCGAUGGAGGGAGAGAAGAGUGUGUAACUCGUUUUAUCCACUAGAGGGCGGUGUCGUGCUCGUUUUGCCCCUUUAGAAAGCAGGCUUUGGUCACUGAGAGCAAUAACUACCCUAUAAAUCAUGUCAGUGAUGCUGAGUGACACUUGUUUGUAAUGUGGUAGAUUACAGGAGGAAACACGUGCACCAUUUCAGCAUGAGCUGUUUAAUUAGUCACAGGAUAUAUCGGUGCCUCUCGCUGUGGGUCUGAGUGCUCGUGUUGAGUCAGAGAAACACAGCUGAAGUGCUGAGACACUGUGGACCAUCCAGUCAUGGAAGACACUCUGCUGAAGGAGUGUUAUGGUUUUCCUCAUAAAAGA